GGCCAAGUUGACUUGAAAGAACCCUAGCAGUGCGACCAGGUCGGAAGCAAAGCAAGUCCCAAGCUGAGUGUAUCUGGUCAGAGAGAUAUAUUCUUUUUAAAAGACAUUGUGUUACUGGAGCCAGGCCUGGAUCUUUUAGCAUCCAAUUGAGCUGGAAGCAGCUCAUAGGUUUUUUGGUUUUGGUUUUUUUUUUUAUUCAUGUUUGUACAAUCUUCUGGAUUUUUUUUUUCAAGAAGGAGUAAAAGGGAGUGUUGGAAACUCACAAACAGGAUUAAAACCCUGAGCGCUUAAGGAAAACAAGUUAAGGAACUUAAUCCAGGAUGGAUAUGCAGGAGCCACAGCAGCUGGGUAUGUUUGCAGAGAGUGAGCUGAUGUCUGUGGGGAUGGACACUUUUAUCCAUCGCAUUGACUCUACGGAGGUCAUCUACCAGCCGCGGCGGAAAAGGGCCAAGCUCAUCGGCAAAUACCUGAUGGGAGACUUACUCGGAGAAGGGUCUUACGGCAAAGUCAAGGAGAUGUUGGACUCUGAAACCCUCUGUAGGAGAGCUGUGAAAAUACUGAAGAAGAAGAAGCUACGCAGAAUUCCCAAUGGGGAGGCAAAUGUGAAAAAGGAAAUUCAGCUCCUACGACGAUUACGGCACAAAAAUGUUAUCCAGUUGGUAGAUGUAUUAUACAAUGAAGAGAAGCAGAAAAUGUAUAUGGUGAUGGAGUACUGUGUGUGUGGGAUGCAGGAGAUGCUGGACAGUGUCCCAGAAAAGAGGUUUCCAGUUUUUCAGGCUCACGGGUACUUUUGUCAGCUUAUAGACGGCUUAGAAUACUUGCACAGCCAAGGGAUUGUUCACAAGGAUAUAAAACCGGGGAACCUCCUGCUAACAACCAAUGGGACACUAAAAAUAUCUGAUUUAGGCGUAGCAGAGGCAUUGCAUCCGUUUGCAGAGGAUGACACGUGCAGAACGAGCCAAGGGUCGCCAGCAUUCCAGCCACCAGAAAUUGCCAAUGGCCUUGACACCUUUUCAGGCUUUAAAGUAGACAUCUGGUCUGCAGGGGUCACACUAUACAACAUUACAACGGGUCUAUACCCCUUUGAAGGGGAUAAUAUCUAUAAAUUAUUUGAAAACAUCGGGAAAGGUGACUACACAAUUCCAGAGGAUUGUGGUCCUCCACUCUCAGACUUAUUGAGAG